AUGCUUGCCAGGCAGGUUAAUCGCCUGAGAUUGCACAGGUGCCAAGGAUGUUGUACAUCAUUGAUUUUUAACCAAGUAUCGAGAUCAAUGAGUAAAUAUGAUCCUCCGGAGGAAGAGGUCGAAAAACCUAAGCCGGCGUUAAAGAAGUGGCGGAAAGAGUGGGACGAUGGAAGUUAUAAGGUACAAUCAAGAUUGAAAGUUUGGGACCGCACGGACAGAGUUAAAGGACCCACGAUGGAGAAGGUGGUAGAGUUUACAGAUUCUUGGAAUUCGGGUACAGCUGGGCUAAAGAAAUUGUGGCAUCAAAAGAGGAUAGAAGUAGAGAAAGAGGACCAGCAGUUUAUAAAAGAGAGACACGAAAUUCUUGGUUCUAAUUUAGCCACCAGUCAUUUUCUCGUCCAUCGCGGAGCCAAGGUUAAGUUUUUGGGGCGACCUGAGUGGGUGGAAAAAGAUCCCAAAGGAAAUUACAAUCUGCCGUCAUCCUUCGUGCCGGAUUUUGUAUUGGAAGCAAUCGACUUAAAUGGAAUAGGUCUCUACUACGAAGGACUGGAUAACAUGCGCUACCUCAACGAACUCACAUGGCUAAGUUUUAAGGGCUGCAAGACGAUCGAUGAUUGGUGUCUGGAUAAGAUGUCGAGCUAUUACCCAAAACUGAAAUAUCUGGAUAUAUCGGAUUGCGAACAAGUCACCGAACGUGGUCUCGAAGCUCUGUACAGAAUACAUUCUCUCAAGAAAUUGAUCGUUACUAACCACCACGCUUCCCCAGCUUUUGAAUUGACCUGCAUGAUGCUGGAGGAUUGUUCUUCCCAACUAAAAGUCGACAUGAAACUACCGGUGAAGGAUUCUGUGUCUGCAGAAGCCCAAACCUGAACGUAUCGACACUAAUCUAGCUUAGAAUUCAAUUUAACAGGAAAUGAGUGUAACUUAUUAUAACGAUGAGGAUUAAAAGAUAAAAUUCAAA